UUCCUGGCCAGACUAAGAUCCGUAGUAUGCCAACGCUGCCAUGCUGCUGAGACAACGCCUGGACAACGGCUAGGUCGGCUGUGGAUCAGGAUCAGGUUUCGGGUCAUGGACAGCAUCAGCAGGAUGCGUACUCGAUGGCGUGUGCGGAUCACAUUGCUCUGCUUGUGGCUGGCCCUGGAGGCACCCAAUGAGACGGAGGCGGCAGAGGUCACAGUCCCACUGGUGGGACUCCAUUCGGAUCAACUGGUGGCGGGUGAGGGUCAACUGGUGGUCCCCCGUCGCGUCCAUGCCGAUGGGAAGUUUAUGACACAUUCUCUGGCCUAUGCCCAUGAUCGUGAUCAUCGGCGGCAUCGCCAGCGACGCAGUCUCCUGGAACAGGACGAGGGACAGGCGGCGGAGCUACAUUUGCAGCUGCCGCUGGCCAAUGAGACGCUCCAUUUGGAGCUAAUGGCGCAUAGUUACUUCCUGGCUCCCCAUUUGGUGGUGGAGCGGCAUCGUCGUGACCUUCGCACCCGAUCUACGCUGACGGCGAGGCAUCUCAACUGUCAUUUCCAUGGCAAGGUGCGUGGUCAGCCGGAUACCAAUGUGGCCAUCUCCACCUGCUCGGGAUUGGUGGGUCACAUCCGCACGGCCAGCAAUGAGUACUUCAUUGAGCCAUCGAAGCAGCACGAGGCUCAUCCUGUCAACGGUCAUCCGCACAUUGUCUUCCAGCGUUCCUCCGUGAAGCCAAGGCAAUCCCGGAUGCGUAAUAAGCGCAAACGUGGAGGUGGAUCUUCGGGAACGGGUUCCCCCAGCUCAGAGGUCAGUAACUGCGGCACACGAGAGCCGCGCCGACGCAUGGAGACGCGGCUGGAGUGGCAGGCCAGGGGUAAGGUCAAGAUCCAGGGAGGACGUCAGAUCCGGCGGAGGCACCACAACAAGCAUCAUCAACACAACCACCGGCGAAUGCAGCACCAGCGGAAGUCACAGCCCCGGAAGUUGCAGUUGCAUCGCACAAAGUUCAAGUAUGAGACCCAACAGUUCCAACAGCCUGAGAUACCACGACGGAGGCGCUCCAUUAGCAGUCCAAGGCAUGUGGAGACCUUGAUUGUGGCCGAUGCCACCAUGUCGGCAUUUCACAAGGACCUCAAUGGUUACCUCCUGACCAUUAUGAAUAUGGUUUCUGCGCUGUACAAGGAUCCCAGCAUUGGCAACUCCAUUGAGAUUGUGGUGGUGCGCAUCAUUCAGUUGGAUGAGGAGGAGUCACAGCAGCAACUGAAUCUUACACAGAAUGCUCAGAAGAAUUUGGAUCGAUUUUGCAGUUGGCAGCACAAACUGAACAAGGGCAGUGAGAAGGAUCCUCAUCAUCACGAUGUGGCUAUACUCAUCACACGCAAGAAUAUCUGUGCCAAUAAUUGCAUGACCCUUGGCCUGGCCAAUGUGGGUGGCAUGUGUAAGCCAAAGCAAUCGUGCAGCGUCAACGAGGACAAUGGCAUCAUGCUCUCCCACACCAUCACCCAUGAACUGGGUCACAAUUUUGGCAUGUUCCAUGACACCGCCAAGAUUGGCUGCCAUCCGCGAGUGGGUCCCAUUGUGCACAUUAUGACGCCCACCUUUGGAGCGGAUACACUGCAGGUUUGCUGGUCAAACUGUAGCCGGAAGUACAUAACACAUUUCCUGGAUCAGGGAUUGGGCGAGUGCUUGGAUGAUCCACCCACACCUUUGAAUGAAUACAACUAUACUGGAGAACUACCUGGUAUGCGGUAUAAUGCCCGCGGCCAGUGCCGUCUCCAGUUCAACCUGACCAAUGACAGUGAGGUGGGCGCCUGCUCCGCCCCCCAUGAGUUCUGUUCGACGUUGUGGUGCAAGGUCAAUGGUGAGUGUGUCACCCACAUGCGUCCCACUGCCCCGGGCACACUGUGCGGCAGGAAUAAGUGGUGUCAGAAUGGCAAGUGUGUCCGCCGUGAGGAGCUAGCCGCCAUCAAUGGAGGCUGGGGCGAUUGGAGCGAGUGGAGUGACUGCUCACGGAGCUGUGGUGGCGGUGUGUCCACUCAGCAGCGGGAAUGUGACUCCCCAGUGCCGGCCAAUGGUGGUGUCUUUUGCAUAGGCGAACGGAAGCGCUACAAGAUCUGCCGGAAACGACCAUGCCCGGAGCAGGAGCCCAGCUUUAGGGCACAGCAGUGUGCCCGAUUUGAUAAUGUCAGCUAUCAGGGUGCCACCUACAAGUGGUUGCCCUUCUUCGACAAGGAUAAUCCCUGCCGUCUAUUCUGCACCGAUGUGGACGACACCAUCAUUGCCAAUUGGGGCUCCACGGUCCUGGACGGCACACCCUGCACACUGGGCACCAAUAACAUGUGCAUCGAUGGCAUCUGCAAGAAAGUUGGUUGCGAUUGGAUCGUCGACUCGGAGAUGCAGGAUGAUCGUUGCGGUGUCUGUGGCGGCUCUGGUGAUCAGUGCCAGCCGGUGAGGGAUGUCUUCCUUGAUCCAUUUGCUGCCAAGGAUGGAGCUUAUGUGGAAAUUGUAACCAUACCAGCCCGAGCACGUCACAUACUCAUCCGGGAGCAGGCCAAUUCGCCGCACUUCCUUGCCGUGGGUCGAGCCCAUAGCGAUCGGUUCUAUCUGAAUGGCGACAGCCUCAUCUCCAUGCCGGGUGAAUUCGAGAUAGCCGGAGCCGAGAGCCUUUACGAUCGGGUCGAUGAGCAGGAGACCAUCACAAUACCUCAGCCCAUCCAGCAUUCCAUAUCGCUAUAUGCAAUUGUGCGCGGCAAUGAGAGUAAUUCGGGCAUCUUCUACGAAUUUACUCUUCCGGCGGUGAACAUCAGCGCCGGCCGGCAGUUCAUGUGGCGCCUGAGCAACUGGACCGCCUGCUCCGCCAGCUGUGGCGGUGGGGUGCAGCAUCGCGAGCCGGUAUGCCAGGAGAAUGGAAAGAUGCUGGGCGACACGCUGCCCUGUUGGACACAUGCCAAGAACAGGAGGUCCCAGCGACAGACGCGCGCCUGCGCCGAGCAACCAUGUCCGGCUCACUGGUGGCCAGGACCGUGGCAAUUCUGUCCGCUCACCUGCCGCCCGCCAGGAUCAUCAGCUCCUCCGCUGCGCCGGCGUUCUGUUGUCUGCCUGGACCAGCACGACGUGGUGGUGGCUGAUGCAGAGUGCGGCCCGCUGGCCAAGCCACCGGAAACGGAACCCUGCGAGGCCACCUUGCCCUAUUGCCGGUCGAAGGAGUGAGCUUCCGGCGGAAAUAUAUUUAUUCACAGUACAGGAACAGUGCGAACAUACAAUAUUUAUUCACGCGUGCCACAGGAAUUGCAGUAGCUUUGGAAUCACUUAAUAUAUGUCCCGAAAGUUACUUUUGGACAGCUUUUUAAUUGAUUUCUAGCCCGCAGCGAUUUCUGUGGUGCUUCCAGUUUAGCGAGUAAUCCUUUCGAGUGGAGGUUACAACGUUUUUGCAACUCCCUCAUUUUGGUUAAUUUUUUUUAUUUAAAAUUUGAAUUCUUGUCUUGACGCGCGCUAGUGAUGUGUUAUUUGUAAGUGCAAAUUGUAAUGUGCUUUCGAUAGUAUUGAAUCGAUCCUAUCGAUAAAUUUGUGACACAAAAAUCUUGUGAAAAAUAAGUUAAACUAGAGAGUAAGCCGACAAUUUAAUGCCCUUUCAGUUGCAACUGGAAAAUAUAUGUUUGGCAAGAUCGUUUCUAUGGGCGACUUAUAUACCAAGUCGCGUAAAGUCGGUUAAACUUUAUAAAAUUCUAUAAAUGUAUUGCUUAAAUCGUCUAAUAGAUAUAUAUUUAGGCAUAUUGGGUCGGAUAGCUCCUGGGGCAGCUAAGAUAAACAGAUUUCCGACUAUAACAUCUGCAACUUAAUAUACUUUAAGGCACUUUUGUAAGAGAAUAAAACAUAAAGUUAAAUUUGCAA